AUGCUCGUUGCAGUUGGGAGGAGCUGGCUGCGCGUGCAGUCAAAGAUCGUGAUCGAGACCGGCACCUUCGGCGGCCACGCGCUCCGGGCGGCGGCGGUCCUUGCCCUCCUGUGCGCGGCCUCGAGGAGCGCCGGCCUGCGCCGGGACGAGAGCUCCGUGACCAUGUACCACGCGCCGCCGCAGACAGCGCACAAGAGGUUCAAGGUCCUGCGGCGGCUGCAGCCGUACGGCGCCAUCCCCGGGUGGACCUCCAAGACGAUGGGCGUCAGGCGCAAGUUCCACCGCUGGAAGACCCGGAGGACGCCCCCGAUCUCGCUCUGGGGCCGCAGGAUGAUCGAGUACCAGAGGAUCCGUCACCACUACGGCCUCAAGGCGAAGCAGCUCCGCAACUACGCCAGGAAGGCCUACGCGUGGGGCCAGAUGUUCCCGACGGAUAACCUCGUUCAAAGGCUGGAGUCCCGCCUCGACAACUUUUUGUUUCGUUGCGGGGUCGGCCGGACAAUGUUUGAGUGCCGCGCUACCAUCCGCAAGGGACACAUCCAGUACAAGCGCUCGUUCUGGAAGGACUAUUCCACGAGGUCGGGAACGCUUAUCGCUGACGUGCCAGAGGGACGCAAGCGUGAAUGGAGGACGAUUAACCUGAGCGGCCUCACGUUACAGCCUGGUGACAAGGUGCGCUUCAGGCCCCCCGACAUGUCCGGUGGAGACACCAAGGUUCGCGAUACUUCCAUCAAGGUGGGAAAGUAUCUGAUGGAGAAGACAGGCAAUGUCCAGAUUCCGAGCCACCUCAAAUGGGACCCCGAGAAUUUAGAGGGCGAGUACUGCGACGUCUGCCAUCAUACCGAGGUUGGCAUGCCCAUCAACGAGAUGAUCCUUCACAAUUGCUUCAGCGGCCAGACGCCGUAUAAGGAGUUGAACGUCAAGCACAAGAGGUUCUACCCGGGCACCUCGCAGGAGAUUCCGAAGUACUACAAUGGUGGCAAGCCGCGUGAUACUCCAGAGAAUCUGAGGAACAUGAAGAUGGGUAUGGGCUACAACCGUAGGGGCCGGUACCGCCCCCCUUGCCUGUGGGGCCGCACGCAGCCACUCAACAACCCCUACGAGUCGGACCAGACGGGCUUGGCACCAAAGAAGAAGUGGUUUUGAGCUCGGGGAGCCAUGACAGAAGUCGUGGGCAGAGUCAUCAUCUAGAGUCAAAAACGCCGAUUCGACCACCACGAUUGUUAUUAUCACCUAAUCAAUCGUCACUUUCAAUGCCGAGAAGGUUUCCGAUGGCGCGUUGUCAUUUAGAAUCAGACCCGCCGCUGUCGCUGCCACUAGUUGUCUUCCUCCUCAUUCUACUCACCGCCCCUGUCCUAUACACUUCCCAAUUCCAAUCACCAGUUUCGUCGGCCGUCCUUGGAAAUGGUCCACCUCAGGGUAUGACCCCCGCCCUGCACGGAACGAUAUAUGAGCCCGGAGGGCCGCCGAAUAUAAUCAAUUCCCGUCUGCGACUAAGCGGCCGAGAAUCUCAGAAGUAACACUCGUAGAAGUAGCCGUAGCCGUAGCCGUAGACAUAGAAGAGGAAGGAUAAGACUCGCGCUGUAGUCAGACAAGUGCUUGUGAUGCCGGUGAUCUCUGCACGCUCCUCGUCGCCGGGGCUGGGCGCGGCUCGGUCGCGCCUCGGGACACGGGCGCCCCGGUGCUCUGCCGCCCAGGGCUGCUUCGCCAGCCCGUGCGCGCCCAGAUGGCGGCGGUGUCUCGAAGGACCCGCUGGCCUCAGGAGGUGUGCGCGUUUUUGUUAUCAGAGCUGCACGGCCCUGAGGAGGAGGAGGAGGAGGAGUAUUUUUUAUUUUUCGUCGCAAAUCCCCUUGUAGGGGGACAGGCCCGACUGAAUCCCAGGUCUGGGUUCCAAGAUGCGGUUCUGGAGGUGGCCAGGCCAGUAUAGGCUCUGAGAUGCCCUGACCUGCUGCACUCUGGCCCGUGUCGCCUGAGACCUCUCGGGGUCCUCGGAAGUCUGGGUCCGAUCGCCAGGGCCGGGCGGUCCGGUGGAUGCCAGCAGCUCAAAGGUGUCUGCCGCGACGCGAUUACACUGCGGGCAGCGCCACAGCUCGAAGCUGCUCA